AUGUUGAAGAUGCAGAGAUCUCAGCAGCGCGUUGCUCUCAUGAUGCUGAUGGUGGUCGCCGCCGUGCACUGUCAGGAGAGCGAGAGUAGGCGUGCGGUCACAGAGCACCAGCUGAUGCAUGACCGCGGUCGCUCCAUUCAGAGUCUGAAGCGUCUGAUCUGGCUGUCCAGUGCCAUUGAGGGGCUUCACACUGCGCAGGCACGAACACUGGAGCCCGAGAGCAGGUGGCGCUCUCGCGGGGUGCAGCUCUACUCUCAGCCCGGCAGAGAGGAGAGCAGCGGCGGCCAGAAGAGGGCGCUGGAGACACUGCUGAGUGACAUGUACCGGCCACACCUGACGCCGGGGUUCGGCCUCGGAGAACCGGAGAAAUAA